UGUAAGUUCAGAGGUGAGGUUGUUAUGUAGCAUGUAGCAGCAGAGGGGGUGUGUUAUCUUCAUAUUUGUGUCUUUGUGGUUCUUAUUUCGGAUUUUGACGACACUGUGCUGUAAGUUUGACGUGAAAAAGACGUUUUCGCUGAUUUAUUGGACCUGUUGUCGUCAGUUUAAUGAACGUCGUUAGCGCUGAGGAGCUGUAAAUGCUAACCUAAGCUAAGUAGGAACCCCUAAAACUGGACUUUGAUUGACAGGUCGGGUUCUGUCGGGUUCUGUCGGGGUCAUGGCAUCAACCAGGUUCCUGUGUUUGUUAAAGUCGAGAGCAGCAGGUUCCUGUAAAGCUUUAUUCAGGACAGGUCUGUGUGUGUCCCUGAAGAGACAUGUUAGCAGUUCACCUUCAGGACUUCAGAGCUGCAUGUCAGCCUGGGUUCUGGACCAGUACGGUACCAACGAGGUUCUGAGGUUCACAGAAGACCACCCUGUCCCUGUUAUCAACUCUGCCAGUGAGGUGAUGAUUAAAGUCCACGCUGCCAGUCUGAACCCUCUGGAUCUGUCCAUGAGGGGUAAGUUCUCGGACCCCCUCCUCAUCAGAGAUAAAUGGGGUCAAAAAAAGACCCCAGAACCAUUUUAUUACAAUAUGUUUGUAAUUUUUAACUUUUGUCAUUUAAUCUUCCAUGUAUUCCUCAUACAGGUUCUCUUUGACAUGAGGCUAUUUUGAUUUGUUUCUAACUGUUAUUGUUUUUGAGUUAUUGCAUUUUCUGUAUCAGCACCCCACUUUCACGUAUGUGGGGUCAAAAAUGCCCCCUAUCACUUUCUAUGGAGUUUCUAAGGUUAACCCAAGAACCUUAGAGUUUUAUCAACUCUGACUGUCAGGUAUACAUUUACUGUUGAUCCACACAUCUAACCUGAGCAGUCUCACCACGCUGAAGGUUAUUUUUACUGUAACACAGAAACACAUGUAAAUAUUACCAUCAGUUUUAUACCCCAAAUAUCAAUCAAUCAAUCAAUCAAUCAGUCUUUAUUUAUAAAGCACUUUUCAUUCACAACAUGUAGCACAAAGUGUUUUACACAGAAAAAGGAAUAAAAGAAACAAAGAAAACCCAAAUCUACCCCAGCCCAACCCCUCACUCCCACCCCACCAUCUAAGAACAGAAACAGAAUUAAAAUGCAUGAACUUAAAAGAAUUCAUAGAAACAGGAGUGUGCGCGCUGAGGAAACACCAUUUUAAUACUAAAGACAAGGAAACACUGGAGGUUUAGGUUAAAAUCUAAAAACAAAGAAAAAUAGAAUGAAAUUUAAGAAAUAAAUAAAAUAAAAACAAAAGUAAAAGACACUAAAAUAAGAGCACCAAAAUAGCUCAAUAAAAGACCAUUCUGUCAUUAAAACUAGAAAGAGAUAAAUGCGAAAACACUUAAAGUUAACGAUAUAAAAUUUAAUUAAAAGCAAGACUAAAAAGGUACGUUUUCAGUUUACUUUUAAAGUCAUUCAGAUCAGUUUCAGUCCUCUGGUCUUCAGGUCAGCUGUUCCACAGACGGGGUCAUAGUAAUAGAAAGAUGCCUCACUGUACAUCUUGGUUUUAACUUUAAUAAUGUUAACAGAGAACUUCCUGAAGACCUGAGGACUCGACCUGAGUCAUAAGGUAAAAACAGAUCAGAUAGAUAAGAAGGGCCAAAGCCAUUAAGAGCUUUAAAAACCAAAAAACAACCUUAAAAUCUUUUCUAAAAGAGACGGGGAGCCAAUGCAGAGACCUUAAAAUCGCUGUAAUGUGAUCUCUCUUUCUGGUGCUUGUUAACAUCCGUGCAGCUGAAUUUUGUAAUAAUUGCAGGUGUGAUACGUGCUGCUAUAAAACAUGGACUUAUUUUCCACAUCCAUAAGUGUAGGUUCUGGUCAGUCAUGCAUCUAAGGAUUGAAAAGGUCUUGAAAACCCCCCUGACUCUGAUCUCUCUGACUUUAUUUUCAGGAGGUUAUGGAGCUAAAAUGCUCAAACUCAGAAGGGAUCCGAUGUCUGUGAUGAAUGAUGGAAGUGAGUUUCCUCUGGUUCUGGGUCGAGAUGUUUCAGGUGUGGUGGUGGACUGUGGAUCUGAGGUGACCCACUUUGCUCCAGGAGAUGAGGUAGGAGAUGAACCGCACACUUUUGUGUCUGAUAUGAAAUCGUUCAGUUAAUUCUGCUGUGAUACAGGAUAUUAUCAUUACGCACACUCUAUCAAUCAAUCAGACUUCAUUUGUAAAGCACUUUUCAUACAUAUAAUGUAGCACAAAGUGCUGUCCAUUUAAGGGGGAUAUUAAAAACAAUGAAAUAAAAUAUACAAAACCCAACCCCCAUUCAACACGUACAGCACUCACACACACAAAAUAUCAGGUGAGGAGUCUACAACUUUCCACAGAUCACUGAGGAAACACUGGAUUUAGGACUAAAACGAUAAAACCAUAAAAAAAUAUAAUAAAGGUGAUAAAGCAUUAAAAACUUAAAUAAUAAAUAAAACAGUCUUAAAAUCAAAUAAACAAAGUCAAUUAAAAAAGAGGUAAUAAAACACAAAAUUGUUACUCUACAACUAAAAUAGGUUAAAAUCACAACAUGCAGAUUAAAAGAUUCAAACAAAAUUCAUCUAAAAGUCAGACUAAAAAGGUCUUUAGUUUACUUUACUGCUCCAUGAUCCCGCCAAAGGGGAGCGGGGUAAGUUGAGGGGUAAGUUGGACUGAUCUGAAAUAUCUUCCUCCACUCUCCCCUAUAAUAGUCCGGUCUGUAUGAUCACAUCUUCAGCUGAGGUCACCGUCAGUCUUCGUCAUCGAUCAGCUCUCUGCUUGUUCAUCACACGGUUUUGACUCUGAGUCAUCUACUGUUUUCCUGUUUUCCUUUUAUUCACAUCACUGACAUUAUUGACUUUAUGUAAAUGCAGCUUUAAUCUAAUCGAAUUAUAGACCAACAUCGACAUUUUCAGAUAAUCUCCUGGUAAUCUCUUUUUUUCCCGUCUGUGUAAAAUCACCUCUGGAAAUGAUUAACUGACUGAUGAGUACGGGAAGAGCUCGCUGAUGAACCAGAUUCAGAAGAGUAGGCGGUUAAAUGGCGUCGUGUUCUUCAGCGUGUUAAAUGUCAUCUUGGUGUUCCAGGUGUGGGCCGCCGUUCCCCCGUGGAAACAAGGCAGCCUGGCAGAGUUUGUGACUCUGACGGAGUAUGAGGUGAGACACUGAGCAGGUUUGGUCCUUAUAACCCUGAAAAUGUCCAACUUUGAGUCUGUUUAUUAGUUAUUGUUUGACUCUUUUAACGUUUGUCGUGUUUUUAAACUAAUGAAGAAAGUUUUAAAGCUGCAGUGUAAAGUUUGAAAACGGUCCCUCAGCUUUAAAAUUCUGCUGUGUCUGAGUAAUUAGGAUUAAGGCGGUUUGGGUUCAGAAGCCACUGAGGCAGCAGUCCAGACUCACAAAGCUCUCCUUGUUUUCUUCCAAAUUUUCACUUAUUUAUUCGUUAAAGUUAAAGCUGGCCAUUGUGGGGAUUAAACCUUCCUUUUAACUGGGUAAUAACCGACUCUGAUGUUUCUCUCAUUCUUGAUUUCGUCUGUCUUUGCAGGUUUCCCUCAAGCCAAAAAUUCUGAGUCACACAGAAGCAGCAUCCAUCCCUUACGUAGCCAACACAGCCCUGUCUGCGCUUGUUAAUGCAGGUGGUCUCUGCAGAGACAGCUCUUCAAAUAAAAGGCAAGAAGCAGCCUGAUCAUGGAUAACCCUGUAGUCAACCCCUCCUAACCCAGAAUCUGUAGAAAUGUGAGUCUCAGUAUGAAGGACGGUCUAAAAGUGUGAACCCCUUCAGCCGUCCAGGAUCAGUGUUAUCAUGUCAGGGUCCAUCUGUGCUCUUAUUUUGUUAAAUCAGGUACAGAGAGCUUUAUUUUGAUAAGACAUUGUGUAUUUCAGCUGGUCUCUUGUUUGAUCUAAAGUGGAUUUCUUAAACUGUGCCUUUAAAACACGUCUCAUUUGUGAUUUCAUGUAAGUGUGACUCCUCAUGGAGCCAAACUCCCUUUUCACCCCUCGAGGCUCCCGCUGCGCUCCUGUAGCUUCGUUUCAGUAAUUGACUGACUCUGCGUCUCCUCCCAGAGUUCUUAUCGCCGGAGGAUCGGGGGGUGUCGGGACUUUCUCAAUCCAGGUAAUCCAAAAAAACACUGUCUAUAUUUGACUCUGUGUGUAACUUCAUGUAAACAUCUGUGUGUGUGUGUCGGCAGCUACUAAAGGCCUGGGGCGCUCAUGUGACGGUUACCUGCUCCCAGAAUGCCGAGGGUCUGGUUAGGGGGCUCGGGGCCGACGAGGUGGUGGACUACACUGCAGAGGAUGCAGCUGAGCAGCUGGAGAUGAUGGAGAAGUAGGUUUUAAUGCUAGGAUGAGAGUAUGUACAACUUUUUAUUACAUUUUAAAUCACAAUAAUACAGUGUAUACAUCUCAAUACUUUUCCUUUCCUUUUUCCAGCUGUUUGUGUUUUUUUACAAACAUCCACAGAUAAUGUGGAUUCAAUCAAAGAGAAUAAUCAUAAUAAUCAUCAUAAAUAAACAAUGUCCACGCCAAAUAAUUUGUUUUCCCAUCAGGUACUUUUCUACAGGUGUAGGUUUUGUGAAUUUAUCCCAGUCCUUGUGAGUUGUCAGAAAGGUUCAAAGUUGCAAGUAUGUAAAAAAAUGUACAUUAGGGAGAUCAUAUUAUAUCAAACAGCUGAUGGAGAUAGAUGAAUCCCUUUUCCCAGAGUAUGUUUGAACAUGUUUAAAUGAUACUUUACUGAGCGUCUGUUAUUAUGGGGUUUAAUUUAUUUAAAGAGAAAAAACAAAAUCAAAACAAGAGAAAAUUCAGGAUCCAGAUAAGAACAGAAAAAUGACAACAACCCGUAUUCUUAAAAAGUCAGAGUGUUGAAUAAAAACUGAACUGACUGUUUGUGAAUCAGGUUUAAUGUUUUUAGGGGUACAGGUAGAACCUGAAGGUGUUCACCUGUGGAGACUCUAACCCAGUCUCUCUGCAGUGGCCUCAGUACAGAGCGGUAUUUUUUCUCGUUUUCGCUCUGGUCCCACGUGUGAACGAUUCCUCGCCAAAACUAGUGCCAGUCCAAUAAAGGUGCAAAUGAAAAUGAACCACCCACGUCUUGGACAAACGUCUUGGCUCUUUUCCUUUAAACACCCUAAAUUGUGGUAAAUACCUUCCUGUCAGCGUGGCACAACUGCUCACUGGUUUGCUGUCCAGUUUCCAUGGAAACAAGGGCACGAGGCCUGCGUGGACUGGAGGCUGGUUCAUCCCUUUUAACACCCUCAGAACAAAAACCCAGGAUGAAAUCUGAAGACAAAGCAGCAGGUUUAAAGUCCGAAACAUUUAUAAACUGCAGAUCAGCCGACCUUCAGGAAACACGCCGUUUUUCUCUGAACGAGUGUUUUUAAACCCGGGUUUCUGUGUUUGCCUCCUCAGGUUCGACGUGAUUUUAGACAACGUGGGCGGGGAAACGGAGGAGUGGGCCACGCACCUGCUGAAGACCUGGUCUGGGGCAAAGUAUGUGACUCUGGUGUCCCCGUUACUCCUCAGCACCGACUCCAUGGGCCUGCUGGAUGGGACGGUUCAUGCUGGAUUUACUCUGCACAACAAAGCCAUCCAGGUAAACAGGAGCACCGAACCAGAGUGACGUGAUCUUUUCUGCCUGACGUUCACAAACACAGCUCUGCCUGCCUUCAGUGUUUAUUUUAUGGAAAGUUUGGAGCCUGGUCUCUCACAGAAAGCCGUUAGCCUGGGUGUGGACCAUGGGUGCUCCCAGACUGAAAUGAAUACUUGAUCCCCAGUGGCGUGGAAAGACAGCUUUGUGUGUGGAUGGUGAACACCUGUUCCAGCCAGUCGGAGUUUCAGCUUUAUUUCCAGUCAGUUGAUCAGUUCAGGUUUGGUUAAAAAACAUGUAAUAACUCGACUCGGCUGCUUCUGCAGUUUAAUAUGCUGGAGAUGUAGACACAUGCCUGCGGGGGGUUGUAAACCUGCCAGUGUGCAGGUGCAGAGGGAAUUCUUGCAUUGAUAGUUAGAGCUCCUGCAUGUGUGUGUCGGCCUGCUCUAAUUGCAUGAACACCGUGUCCCUACAGCUGCUCUGUUAGUGGAGUGAAUGUGUAAUGAGGGGAGUGGGUGAACAUGCAGGGUGGGACUCAGUCAAGUAGUCCUGGGCAGUGCAGGCGUUGGUGACAGCACAGCCGGCUGCCAGUGUCAGAGUUAUGUGUGUGUGUAAGUGUGUGUGUGUGUGUGUGUGUUUGCUGCUGCUGAACCAGCACUAUUUGGUGUUUGUGCAAAUUGAAGCCCACCCCCCUCCCUAACCCCCCACCUCGGCAAAUACCAGUGUUUGUGUGUUUCUUGCCAAGCCUCCGGGCCCCUUUGUCUGCAGGAGCAGCCAGCUGGUCAGUUUGGCCGGGCCGGGCAGCGGCAGACACACCCACAGCCGCUCGGCUCCGGACCGCACGUCCUCCUCUGUCAGAGGGAUCAAAGUCCGACUGAGCCCCCUAGUGUUCGAUGAGGGGAUCAGAUCCUGACUGUCAGCAGCUGAUGGGUUUACAAGAGGGGAGGAAGGGGGAGAUGGGGAGGCUGGGAGAGGGGUGAGGUAUACCUAGGGCUGGGCGAUAUGGGAAAAAGUUUAUCAGGAUAUUAUUGUCAUAUCAGCGGGUAUCGAUCAAUAUCAGGACUCUCCUUUUCAUUGGCCUUUCGUUAGGGGUGGGAGAAAAAAUCUUUUCAUAUAAGUAUCGAGAUUUUUGUUUUACAAUUUUUAAAUCAAUUUUUAUGUUCAAAAAAUUAUUUUGUUUUUCAAAUUUUCAGAGUAAAUCCUAAAAACUGACCUCCAUGUGUAUUUUUGGUUAAAUCUGGUUCCUUUAAUAGUCAGCAGACGAUCAGAAUCAUUGAUCUGUUUCACUGAAGUUAAAAAUACAGACUAAAGAUCGAGAAAAUCAACAAUAUCGUAGAAUCACAAUUUAAAUCAAAUCGGCAUCCAAAAAAUCGUAGAAGAAUCGAAUCAGGAGAAAAGCAGAUCGUCCAGCCCGACUAUUUGUAUAGUCGACCAAAACAUGUCAGAAUGACGACUAUUGAAAAGGAUAUUGAUCAUGUUUUAUAUUGAUUUGAGGGACAUUAAUUUUUGAUAUUUAUCGAUAUCGUUUUAUCGCCGAGCCCUGUUUAUACCCACCAUGGAGUUUGACACAGCAGGAGGUCUGAUCAUGUAAUAACUGACUGAUUCCCCUGAUGUCCGUCUUUUCUCUGGAUUGAGUUUUAAUACUUUGAAAUAUAAUAAUUAUAUAAUAAUUAUAAUUUCCCAGUUCGGAUCAAUAAAGUCAUUCUGAUUCUGAUUCUGAUUGAAAUCCAAAUGAUCAGUCUUAUUAUUUUUUAGACGGGCUGACAUGACUCACUGAUUUAUUGUCCAGAGCAGAGCAGAGCGGGUCUUUUCACGAUCAUUAAAGUUAGAGCAUCUUUUCUCCUUCUUCUCCUUCUUCUUGUUCUUCUUGUUCAGGGUCCUCAGUCCAAAUUAACCCUACUCAACCACAGAAAACUCAGGUUCUGGUUUUGUUUCCUCUGGACAGCACAGUCAUUUCUCUGAGGUCUUCACAGAGCUGAAGGCUGGAGGACUCUGUUUACCUGAGUCACGACUCUCUAAGUCUGUUUUCUCCUGCAGAACUUCUGAAGUGAUCAGUCUCAGUUUGGACAGUUUGGUAAAUAACUGAAGAAUCUCCGUUUGUAGAUUAAAAAACAGGAAAAAUGACUAUUUUUUAAAAUUAGGCGACUUCUCCUGACUUUGCUCUGAUUAAAGCUCCUGUCAGCAGUUUUUGGUGAAUCUGAAAUAAACUGACAUUCAUCUGGAUAUUUCUGUAUGAUGUACAAAAACAGAAAAGACUGAUGAUUGAAGCGCCAUCAUUUUUAAUGUUUGAAAACUGUGAGAGGGUUUCUGCAGACACGGCUCUGAUUUUAAAGUUUCCACAGAAAAUAUUAAAAAAAUUAUGAGAUUUUUGUGUGAAGACACGACCUGGAGAUGUAGAGGAUGAGCCAAGCAAAGACGGCUUUGUCCAGAGGGGGCGCCAAAUUGUCUCAAACUGACAGGAGCUUGAUGAGGAUGAGGAGAUGCUGAUUCUAGAAGUCUAGAAGUAGAUUUCCUCCUCUGGAAGGACACAAUCUACUGCUUAUAUGUCUAUGUGUCUGUCUUUAGAGAGACAACUCGUUAUCGUUUGAUUGAACGUGAAUCUGCAGGUUCUUGUGAGUUCUCACGAUUCCUGCUGUUGGUAAUCCGCCUUGAAAUUCGCCUCACAAACGGAUCAGAUAGGAAUUGGCGGAUGGCGAAAAUCGCCCCUGUUCGAGAUCAGAGCCGUUAAGGAUGUGGUGUAAAUUAAGGGUGAAUGUUGUUAAACCCGAUAAAAACCCAGAGCUCCAGCUGAUUGGAGAAGGAUGAGGACACGGAUCAGACUUUAGAGUUUAUUCGAUGACCGUUUUGAAGGUGGAAGGUCGUCUCUGAUUGGUCUGUUUCAUGCCCCUCCCUGUCAGCUGAUCUAUUAGAGUGUUUUUUAAUUCUAACGAGGGUGUGUUUUAUUUUCAAACUUUAUCUCUCAGUGACCUUCACACCUGCCUGACCUUGAUCCUCCCAUCUCUCUCUCUCUCUCUCUCUCUCUCUCUCUCUCAGAACAUCGUAUCGGGCGGGGUCUUCUACAGGUGGGGGUUUUUCGCUCCAGAUGGGCCGGCGCUGGAUGAAGUCAGCAAACUGGUGGAUGCUGGGAAGGUACCGUCACACCUUAUUAAUGAUGUCACACAGGCAGGUGUCCCUCACCAUCAUUUCCAUAUAUGGAAAUCCUCUCAUUUGCAUCCUGGUCAGUGUUGGAGAUCUUCCACGCUCUCUGAUCUCCUCCAUGAUUGAACACGAACACGGCGGGCGCUACACACGUGCCUGCAGUCAAGGCGCUGUGUGGCUUUGUAAAGGUGCGGCCGUCACAUUCCUGCUGUUCUGGUUGGGGCGCCGUUUCCACGAUGGAAUCGGGCGCCAGAGGAGGGCUGACACAUUUUUCAACAGUGCUGAGCAGCCAUUAGCAGAAGCGUGCAGGACCCAAGUCCCUUUGUCCCGAGGGCUUACAGGGAGCCGUGCACUCAGAAACACACACACACACACACACAUUAACAAACACACACUCACUCUAUCUGCAUGUUGGAGGUGUGGACGGGUUCCAGAGCCCCGCCCCCGCUCUCUGCGGCUCAUUGUUACCGAUGAGAGAUGCUGACCAGAAUAACAAGGCCGCUGCUGCUGCUGCUGCUGGUGGAGGUGGAGGUGGAGGUGGUGUUGGUGAUGAGAGCCAGCACAGGAUUGUCCAGCCUCAUCACAUUCUGACCCCCCCUCCACACACACACACACACACACACACACACACACUUUGUCCAUUUUACAGCUCUGGCAGCAGAGAUGAUGAAGCAGACUUUCAGAGCAAAUAGAAAACCUACGUGAGUGUGAAGAAGAUGUCAGCUGAGCGUCAGGGCGAGGAGCUGCAGACUGACAGUUUUUAUAUUUCCUCAUUUUUAAAUAAAAACAAUUAAAAAUAGAAUCAUUUUUAAAACUCUUCGAAUAAGUUAAAGGUGUUGUAGGCAGGAAAACGUCAAAGAAGCAUCUUUUUUUAUGGUGUAUUUAUAAACAUCUUCUAAUAUCUGUCAAUAGUUAUUAGUUAUUGAUUAUUUGGUAAUAUAUCGAUAUCUCUGUGUUCUCUUAUGUCUGUGUCGUCAACAUUUGAACAUUUUUGAGCGGUCCGCUCUUUCUGACUGUAAACAAAGCCGUUCUCCACCUCCUCUAACCUGAUUGGUUGUGAGGCAGACGCUGCUCCCCCGUGUCGUUCAGGAGCCCAAACAAAGUUAGCCUACAAUAUCGACAGAAAACCAACCAGAAAGUUCGGAAAAUUGUCUAAUCCUCCUUGGCCGAUAGCGUGCUACAAUAUCGGACAGUAGAAACCAACCAGAAAGUUCGGAAAAUUGUCUGAAUCCUCCUUUGCCACGACUGCCAACACACAAGCAAGAAAACAGUCAACAAGAUAACUCAGUCAACAUCAAAACAGUCAACCAUAAACAGUCAGCAACAAAACAGUCAACAAGAAAUCAGUCAACAAAAAACAGUCAACAAGAAAACAGUCAACAAGAUAACAGUCAGCAGGAAAACAGUCAGCAAGAAAACAGUCAACAAGAAAACAGUCAACAAGAAAACAGUCAGCAAGAAAACAGUCAGCAAGAAAACAGUCAGCAAGAAAACAGUCAACAAGAAAACAGUCAACAAGAAAACAGUCAGCAAGAAAACACUCAAACAUAAACAGUCAGCAAGAAAACGGUCAACACCAAAACAGUCAACAAGAAAACAGUCAACAAGAAAACAGUCAGCAAGAAAACAGUCAGCAAGAAAACAGUCAGCAAGAAAACAGUCAACAAGAAAACAGUCAACAAAAAACAGUCAACAAGAAAACAGUCAACAAGAUAACAGUCAACACCAAAACAGUCAACACCAAAACAGUCAACAAGAAAACAGUCAACAAGAAAACAGUCAACAAGAAAACAGUCAACAAGAAAAUGCUGCUCCCCCGUGUCGUUCAGGAGCCCAAACAAAGUUAGCGUGCUACAAUAUCGGACAGUAGAAACCAACCAGAAAGUUCGGAAAAUUGUCUGAAUCCUCCUUUGGCCACGACUGCCGACACAAGCAAGAAAACAAAGUAAAUACCGGAGACUCUGGAGGAAUAACGGGCGCUUAAAACGGAGGUAGACCGGACAAGAGCUAAAAAGCCGGGUCAACAUAAACCAUGGGGGACGCUUGGGGAUCUUGGUGACCCUGUAACCUUUCUGCUGGACAGGUAAACCGCUUUAACAAAGUAAGACAAGUGUCUGUAACAGAAGUGUUUCUUGUCAAACGGACCUGCUGUAGCGUGUUGUAGCGCCAUCGCUAAACUGUCCUCCCUCGGGUCCUGGACUAUGUCACUUUAUCCUCGUUGUAGAAGUCCUGCAAACAUUGUGUUUGCUGGUCGUCUGUUGCACCCCCCCUUUUAAAGGAAACUCUUCAGACCUGCUGAAUUUAGAUUUUUUUUUCACUUAAACUAAAACAGAAGAACUGUCAGAUUAGUCGGAGGUGGAAUCACGUUAGCUGGUUGUUUUUUGUGGUAGAAAGAACUUAAAGGAGUUUAUUUAAUCAUAAGUUUCAGACGUGGAGGAUAAAAAUGAGUAACUCUCUGAAACUCUCCACAUCUCCAGUCAAAGAAAAGCUGAGGGCUUCGAUCUGAUCUGAUCACCUCCUGGUUUGUGUUCACCGUGUUUUCACAGAUCCUGCCGGUCGUUGAGGCCCAGUUUCCGUUCACCCAGGUGCCCCAGGCUUUUCAGAAGCUGGAGGAGGGUCACGCCAGAGGGAAGACGGUGGUCCGCGUGGCCGAGGAGGACGACAGGCAGGCCGAGGAGCUGGUGCAGAACUCUCCUGAGGGGACCGCAGAGUCCGAGCCGGGGGUGCAAGAAAGUGCCAAGCAGAGCUAGAGCCGGUCCGCAGACCACCGGGGGGAUCACCUGUUAGUGAUUCACCACGGCUGCUCUGGACCGCCGCAGACUUCAUUAUUCAGAGGGAUCAGAGGUGACGCACAACACGGCGUGACUCGGGUUUGUAAUGGGAGCGUGGCCGUGAGCUGUUUCUGUGUUUGAGUUUUUGAGCUGUUUGAGUUCUGCUGCGUCCACGUCUCACUGAAAUAACACCAAAUAAGACAGAACCAGAACUGGACUUCAGCCUCUCUCUGAAGGGAGAACCUGUUAAAACCAGGUCAGGUUUAUCAGGACCAUCUUCACCAGGACCAGCUCAGACUGGACUCACAGAUAUUGAUCAGGUUAUUGUUUCACUAUCAAUCAUGUAAAGAAAUCAAACCUGUGUGUCUGGAGUCUGAACGGGAAACUUCAUCGACAAAACUCCUUUUAUUAUCGGGGAUGACUAAAGACUUGUUGUUGUUGUUGUUGUUUUGUUCUGUCUGGUUUUGAUUAAAAAAGAAAAAAAAGUCUUUUUUUUUCUUCGUUCUGUUUCAUGCAGCUCCAAAGAUAUUUGUCAUAUAAUCUAAUAAAACAAAGUCUGAGAGGGUAAAAGUCUGAACACUGUUGGAGUUCAUUUAAAUCAGACAAACAGAUUUAUUUAAAAAAGACAGUAAAUAUAUAAACCAGCACUAAAGUCUGAAAUACAAAGUUUAUGUCCUCCUCGUUGUUGUUUGUCUGUUCUUCCGAGUGUUUUCCUCUCCUCCUCCUCCUCCUCAGAAGAACGUUCUCCUCCUACAGCGAAGGUCGAGCCUCUUCUCCGACCCUCCUGUCCUUGAGCAGCUGUUUACAGAGCCUGAGGCAGACUCUAGUCCAUGUCCUGAUCCGGUUCAGCAGCAGCGGCGGCGGCGGCUCGUAUGUCGUCAUAUAAUCUCCACAUCCC